AUGCAGGAUCUGUUCGAGGGCAUAAAUCUCUCCGCGAAUCACUCCAGUAUGGAGUUCAAUCUUCGCUGUUCAGAAUCUAUGCCCGACUUCUCCAGAAUCGGAAUGAUAAACGAAGAUGCUCCAAAUGAGCCAAGCAGGCAGCCUCCACCACUUCACGGCUUCUUAAGAUCUCAGAUCCGAGCCCCAUGUGCUUUGAUCAGGGAUCUCCCAAUCAGAGACCAAGGAACAGCGAUGGCAUUCAUAGAGGCACUCACGCUUCAGCAUCGGAAGCUUACACUGGAAAAGAGGAGACUCCGGAAGAGAAUUAACCGGAUGCAACGCAGGCUUACUACAGUAUCAAGAGAUCUCCACAUCCUUGAAUCUCACCCCGGAGAAUGGAUAGAACUCGGAAUCUCUGACUUCGCUCGAAUUCCAGACUGCAUGUUGUCAAUCCUUGACCUUGCUGGCCAAGGAGUCGAAGUGUUCUGUUCGUCAACAAGAUCUCCAUAAUCCGAAGUGU